AUGUCACUUCCACUAGCGCUUCGUGCACUCCACACCCUUAUCAUCAUCGCGCUACUCAGUAUAUUCAGUUUCAAUCUCUACGCACAGAUAAAAGACGCCGGCGUAAUAACUCAAUCAUUCACAGUGGUAACAAAUGACUCACUAGUCCCGCCAGCAAUCACUUUUUGCAUUUCCGAGAACACCGGCUAUACAUUCAAUGUUACCGUCUAUGGCGAAAUAGUUCCUCCCGGUGACUUCUUGCAGACAUUCCCAACGGAUAAUCCCUUGGUGUCAACCCUAAAAACACUCGUUAGCGACUGCUGGAUAUUGGCAGCACCAUUGAAUGCUUCUAUCAUUCGCAAUCCGCCCCCAACCCCAAAUGUGCCCGAGUUUUUACUUACAUACACGAGAGACCUUAGUUAUCUACCUAAAAAUGUGACUACAUUGUAUAUGAAUAUAUUCGACCCAUUGCAGACGAGCUCGUUGUUUGAUUUCAAUAGAUUCUUAUUAUUGGAUGCGGACAAAAAUAGAGCAGUUAUAUUCACACGAAUACGGUCUUUUAAUAUUAAAAACGAAGUGUCGAAUGAUGUGCAGUAUCAAAUCAUUGAGGAGUUCAGGGACCCUACUUGGACUGUGCCUGGCGUUAGUGCCAAAAGUCAGAUUAGAAUCAGACCUGCCUCUUUUGAUAUACACCAAACAAGAUCAGUUCAAAAUACAACAAUCUGGACAAUCAUCCGGGAUAGCUUUACACUUCUCGGAGUUCUUUACGGUAGUAUAUACAUUUCCCUUAUUGGACCUGGUAAAUUCCGGCCGUGGGGACAUCUACAUGGCAUCUUAAGAUAUUACCCUAUUGAACAUAUCAAGAACAAAGACGUUAGCGGAGAAGCAUUGGUCAAAGACAAAGAUAUGGGGCUAGCACAAAGACCGACGUUAGAUGAAACGUUGGGGGUAUUUCUGGAGAGAUAUAGUCUUGCCAAAUAUGACCGAAGAUAA